AUGGCUUCUGAACAACCGAAUAAACUUCGCAAAGUUGACGGCAAAGGGUUUCGAGUUCGCCAGGUAUAUCAGGAUGCAGCACAGAAGUCUGCAUACGAACAGCUUGGAGGAGACAAGAACGCUGAGAACUUGACAGACAUACCCUUGAAUAAGACCAUAAAAGAAGAGGAAGAUGAUGCAGUGUACAGCAUAGACGGCCCUGUUCGGAGACUGAGGCCCUACUACUUCACGUACAUGACCCACUGUAAGCAGCGAUGGAUAGAUCGAAAUAUUCUGGACGUAUUCGCACACGAAUUUCGGUUACAUCCGAAAAGCUAUUAUCGAAAUGCAUUAGAAAAGGGCAGGGUGACAAUUAAUGAAAAAGUUGCCAAUAUAGAUACAAUCUUGAAAAAUGGCGAUUUGAUUUCGCACAGAAUGCAUCGUCACGAGCCUCCUGUCACCUCAAGACCUGUGAAAAUUGUCCAUGAGGAUGAUGAAUUGGUGGUGAUUGACAAACCAUCUGGAAUACCUGUUCAUCCUACAGGACGGUAUCGCCAUAACACCGUUACUUUUAUUUUAGAAAGAGAAAUGGGAAUCAAGGCUCAUCCUUGUAAUAGACUUGACAGAUUGACGAGCGGGUUGAUGUUUUUGGGCAAGACUGCCGCGGGGGCAGAGAAGAUGGUCAAACAAAUGCGCGAAAGAGAAGUCUCCAAAGAGUACAUUGCCAAGGUGGUUGGCGAGUUUCCUGCACAACGAGAAAUUGUCUGCGAGGAACCUUUGAGAACAGUAGAUCCUAGGAUUGCAUUCAAUAUUGUUGAUCGUGAAAAUGGAAAGGAAGCCAAGACAGUGUUCAAAAGACUCUCGUACGACGGUGUCACAAGCUUGGUGAUCUGCAAGCCACUAACUGGACGCACCCACCAGAUCAGAGUUCAUCUACAAUACCUUGGUCACCCUAUAGUGAAUGACCCGUUGUACUCAUCUCCCAAGAUUUGGGGGCCAAGUUUAGGAAAAGGUGCUGAUUUUGACAUUGAUGCUAUUGCGGAAAAAUUAUCCAAAAUUGGCAAAACCGAGCCUGCCACCAGCUGGCUACAUCCUAAUGAUGACGGCGAGAUACAAUCCACCGGCCAAUUUUGCAGCGACUGCGGCGGUGAGUUGUACUCCGACCCUGGGCCUAACGACCUGGACCUCUACUUGCAUGCUUAUAAAUAUAGCUCAUCACAGAAAAAUGGGUGGUCUUACCAAACAGAGCUUCCGGAAUGGGCCGUGGAGACACAAAAAAAGUAUAUGGCUCUUGCCCUAGAGCAGGCAGAGAAAUGCCCGCAGAUCGAUAGCGCAUUCCGCGUGGGAGCAGUCAUUACGUGUGGUGGCGAGGUGAUUUCUACUGGUCAUACGAGAGAGCUGGAAGGCAAUACGCAUGCAGAACAGUGUGCCAUGGAAAAAUAUUUCGAGAAAACAGGGUCUCGAACUCUGCCGCCGGGCUGUGAGAUCUACACUACGAUGGAGCCAUGCAGCGAGCGCUUGAGCGGUAAUAAACCCUGUCUGGAUCGGAUUCUCGAUUACAAAGAUUGUUUUACAACCUGCUAUGUCGGAGUUAUGGAACCAAAUACUUUUAUUUCCGAGAAUGUCUCUCGCAAAAAGCUGGAGGAGGCAGGUAUAUUAUACAUCCAGGUGCCCGGAUACGCAGAAAAGAGUCUCGAGGUUGCAAAGCGGGGCCAUAAGGAGACGAAAUAG